GGGUUUCAAGUUCUCAAUCUGCGGUUAUGGAUUUUGAUGCUAAGGAUUCGUCUCAAUCUGUGACGGUAGCGGUGAAUAUUAGGCCACUAGGGACAUCCGAGCUUCUUGUUGGCUGUACCGAUUGUAUAUCAGUAGUUAACGGAGAACCCCAGGUCUCCAUCAUGGAUGUCAAAUAUAAGAUUGGUUUGCUAGUGAUGCUACUGUCCUCUUUUUUGGCUUCUUCGGUCCUUUCAGCAUCUAGUGGUAACUUGAUUAGAGUUGGACUUCAGAAGAAGAAACUAGACCAGUUAAACAGAUUUCCUCAACAAGGUCAGAUGAAUGGAGGGAAAUCCUGCAGAGGUUCCCACAGGAGUUACAAUCUCCAUGGUAAUGGGGAUUCUGAUUCCAGUAUUGUUGAAUUAAAAAAUUAUAUGGAUGCUCAGUAUUUUGGAGAGAUAGGCAUUGGCACUCCUUCCCAGAAGUUUACAGUCAUAUUUGACACUGGGAGCUCAAAUCUUUGGGUACCCUCUACAAAGUGCUACUUCUCUGUCUCUUGUUAUUUCCAUUCCAAGUACAAGUCAGGCCUAUCCAGUAGUUACAAGAAAAAAGGAAAAUCUGCUGAAAUUCAUUAUGGAACGGGAUCUAUAGCUGGUUUCUUCAGCCAGGACCAUGUCAGUGUUGGUGACCUUGUUGUUAAGAGCCAGGACUUCAUUGAGGCAACUAGAGAGCCUGGUAUUACCUUCUUGGAUGCAAAAUUUGAUGGUAUUCUUGGCCUUGGUUUUCAAGAGAUAUCUGUGGGGAAUGUUGUCCCUGUGUGGUACAACAUGGUUGAACAAGGUCUUAUCCAAGACCCCAUCUUUUCAUUUUUGGUUCAAUCGAAAUGCUGCAGAGAAGGAAGGAGGUGAACUUGUCUUUGGUGGUAAGAAUCCUGCCCACUACAAGGGUGAACAUACUUAUGUUCCUGUGACACAGAAAGGCUACUGGCAGUUUGAGAUGGGCGAUGUCACAGUUAAUGGGGAAACAACAUGUAAUUAGUUGCACUAUAAUGAAUGAUCUGCAUCCUUUCUUCAUUUUGCUUUUUUUUUUUGAAAAAGUAUACGUUUUUAAUUUUCAGGUUUCUGCGCCGGUGGUUGUGCCGCAAUUGCUGAUUCUGGAACUUCUUUGUUGCCUGGACCAACGGUGUGUAUCAUGAAUAAUCACUUAUAUUGCUUAUUGAUGAUACUUAAAGUUGGGAUUUCCAAGUCUUCUUCUGUCGCUUUUGACAUUUGAGAUGGAUAGACUGACAAGAGAAAGAGCACCAGACAGGUAUUUCUAAUCAAUUUUCCCUGUGAUUUAUUUUUUGAUAUAAAUCAAAAGGAACAUUGAUUUAUUAAAGUCAUUUUGCUUGCUUCUGGUCUAUAUUGUUGCCAUAUUUUAUAAACUUGCAAGAACCUCUUUGCAAAGGAGAUCAGUGUGGUUGAGUAGAUCUAUGAUGCCCCCUCCAAUUUAAGGCCC